AUGGCGGCGGAUCCGAGCAGGCGGCGGCCGGAGCACCAUCCGGCGGUGAGCGACGUCCUGUCGACGCUCACCGAAGCCAGAGGCACCCUCGCCGACGUGCAGCGCCGCCUCGACCUUGAGUUCCGCGAAGCCUACCCUGACCAUGUCAGUAUUCUCGUCACCCUCCUCCGUAACCGCUUCUUUCCUUUCCUCGCUGACGGGAUCCGGCGGCGGCGGUUGCAGGCGAAUCCGGCGAAGCUGGUGGCGCGGGUGAAGCGGGUGGUGGAACAGGCGGCCGCGCUCAAGGAGAUGAGCCGCGACCUCCUCACACAGAAGCAGGAGCUGAUCGACCAGAUCCGCGUGAGCUUGAUGGCGCAGCGCCGCAUGACGCAGCGGCUGCUCGCCGCGUCCGGGCUGCCUCCCAUCUCCGAUGAAGACGAGACCGUCCACAACAGCCUCAACGAGGUGAUCCAAGACUGGACUGCUCAAGUCAGUCCGAUCACAAGGGAGAUCGAGGACCUGGACAAGAAGAAAGAUGCCAACCAGAUCUUCUUCUCAACGAUCAUGUAG